GAGUGAUCGGCGGUGGUGGGGGCGCCCCCCGAGCCGUGUGGCCCGCGGUGGAGAUGGAGUGCUCCUGGAAGGCCGUCCUGCUGCUGGUCUUGGCUUCGGUGGCCGUCCAAUUCACGGCCAUCAGGACCUUCAUCGCCAACAAACCCUUCCACAUCUGCCGAGUGGCCAAGCGCACGGGCUGCGCCUCCUCACCCCCAUCGCUUCUCCCCGGGCAGCAGGACCAGGGGGACCCGGGGGACCAGGACCCGGGGGAGCAGGACCAGGGGGCCAGUGGCAGUCGGACCCCCCGGGGCUGCGGCCAGGGCUCGGCCCCCGCCCCCGCCCCCCGCCCCAAACCCAACCACAUCCUGAUCCUGGCGACCACCCGCAGCGGCUCGUCGUUCGCGGGGCAACUGCUGAACCAGCACUCGCGGGUCUUCUACCUGUUCGAGCCGCUGUACCACGUCCAGACCACUCUGAUCACCAACAACAACAGCCUGAACCGGGUCCGCCACCCCCCGGACCGCCGGGCGCUGCUCGGCUCCUACCGGGACCUGUUGCGGAGUCUGUUCGACUGCGACCUGCACUUCCUGGAGAACUACAUCAGACCCGCGCCCGAGAGGCACGAGACCCACCGGCUGUUCCGCCGGGGCGCCAGCAAAGCCCUGUGCUCCCCCCCGGUGUGCCCGGCCCCGGCCCCCCGCCGGCCCGAGCCCCUGGAGGAGGGCGAGUGCGCCAGGCGCUGCGGGGCCCUGAACCUGACCCUGGCCUCCAGGGUGUGUCGGCAGAUGAGCCACAUCGCCAUCAAGACGGUGAGGAUCCCGGGCAUCAGCGACCUGCGGACCCUGGUCCAGGACCCGCGCCUGAACGUCAAGGUCCUGCAGCUGGUGCGGGACCCCCGGGGCAUCCUGGCCUCCAGGAUCGACACCUUCCCCGACAGCUUCCGGCCCUGGAAGGUCUGGAGGAGCAGCGGGAGGAGACCCUACAACCUGGACGUGUCGCACCUGACCACCACCUGCGAGGACUUCCUGAGCUCGGCCGGGACCGGGCUGUCCAGACCCGGGUGGCUGAAGGGCAAGUACAUGCUGGUGCGCUACGAGGACCUGGCCCGGGAGCCCGGGAGGAAGACCCGGGAGAUCUACAGCUUCAUGGGGAUGGAGGUGGACGGGAACGUGCGGCGCUGGAUCCUGAACAACACCCGCGGCCCCGGGGGCUCCGGGCACCACAAGUACGCGACGGUCCGGGACUCGGCGGCCACGGCCGAGAGCUGGAGGUUCCGCCUCUCCUACGACAUGGUGGCCCUGGUCCAGAGCCUCUGCAACGCCACCAUGGCCCGGCUCGGCUACAGGAUGGUCCGCUCCCCCCGGGAGCUCAGGGACAUGUCCGUCAGUCUGGCCGAGGAGAGGACCUUCCUACCCUUUUUGUAGAAGAAACUUUUUUUUUGGG